CCUCAGAAGUAUAUGUCAGCAAUUGCUCUCCAGCCACAGCUUAAAAUCAAGCUCCAUUUUGAGGCGGAAACACUUAUUGAAUACAAUGCUGGAAUCUUAUCGCAGUCUCGUGCUCCUGCAGCUCCUGCCGCUGCUCGCUGUUCUAUUAAUUUACCUUCGAUCAACUUCCCUGGAUGGCCUGGAACCGCAAAAUAGUUCAGAGGACAUACCGCCGGCAGAUCGCCUGGUGGUCUUCGUAAGGGACGACUUGUCUGCCCAGACUUUCUUUGCCAAUCGCUGUAACAACAUCCCGCUGCUACGUAAUAUCUUCCUGCACGAAGGUCUGGUGGGAGUUAGUUGUCCAGAGGCCCCUUCCUACCGGCCACUUUCGCCAUAUGUGGCUCUGUUUUCCGGGGUCAAUGAGGAGGCAGCCACGGUGAUACGCAACUGGCUGUGGCAGUCAAAGGCAACUGACUCUGUGUUCAAGCGAAGCCAUCACAACUUUGCCUGGACAACUGCCGAAUUGGGCUCUUACUUUCCUGCUAUGAACUUGCAUCGUAUAAUGGAAAUCCAACCGGAGGAUUUAGUGGCUGAAAGUGUGCUCAAUUUCCUCUCUGUUGAUUCCCAUCUCUUGCAAAAGACCAAGGGUAUUAUCUUCUUUGUGCACCUGACGGGUGUGGAGCCAUCUCAAAAAAGCCUGCCAAAAAUCGAAGCCAAUAUUAUGGACAUGUACAAGCGAUUCGAAGAAAAGUUUCCUGAUAAGCGAACUGCCUACCUACUCACCUCCAAUCUUGGCAAGCCCAAGCUUCUAUGUCGAUGCAACCUGGCAGUUGAGUCGCCGUUUAUGUUGUGGGGCGCCGGAGUGGCUCACACCACAACCUUGGGCGACCGCUCAAUUAUGGUCAAUGCCACUGGGCACAAGUUACCCCUGCAUGUCCUGAAUCCUCUUCAGCUCACGCCGCUUAUGAGCGCUCUGCUGGGACUCCCGCCGCCAAUAUACAGUAGCGGCAUGCUUCCUCGUGGCCUGUUGAACGUGAGCUUGGCGUACGAGGCCAAAGCCAUGCUGACCAAUGCCCAGCAGCUGUUGGCACAGGCUCGCCAUUUAAGAGGGCUCCAUCCUUCGACGACUUCCUCGUUUUGGCUAGACUUUCAGCUAAUGGACUCCUUUGUGAGAAACUGCAGGCGCCUCAUGGGCCAGGAACGCUUUAAGGCUCUGCGGGAGUACAGCUGCAACUAUAUGCCUUUGCUGAUCAAGGAAAUUGACUUCUACAAGGACUACUUUCGUGGAAUAAUGGUCUGGGCAGUAACCGUGGCUGGAAUCGGUUGGCUAUGGUGCACACAUCACCUUUCUCACGUCCAGGGCCAGGAGGUGGCGCCUAUAAGAGGACUAGUGUGGGCCAGGGGCGUAUCCCGACUACUGACCGGUCUGUUAGUGAUCUUUAUGAUGCUGGAAAAGAUUCCCUUUGUGGUGCAGGCAAUCCUGCUGCUCCCUUCCCUCUAUUGGACGAUUACCUUGAAGAUAAUCACCCUGAAGACCGAAUUGGUAAGCCUACGGUGCGGGAUCCUGUCCGCAAUACUGGCCAUGACUUGCCUGGGUGGCUUCAACAGGCGCUACAUCAUGGCAUUGGGCUACUUGGUAUUUACCUGCUACUCCAACAGAGAUGCCUUUCGGGUCCGAGGAAUGCAGUUAUACCUGUGGCUACUCUUGGUCUUGGGGCUCUUCUUUUUAUCUUUUCUCCCGGAGACACUGGGGCGUUUGCAGCCUGGAGCUCAGCUCGUCAGCAUCUGUCUGACCCUUAUGCGGCCCUUGGCCUUUGGGGUGUUCUUGAGUCCCGUGACCUGGCUGGUUAAUAUUGCCAUACUCUUGGCUUACGCCGAGUACAUCUUGGUGGGCUGGCUUCCAUGGGUAACCUAUGCGGCCUCCUGGGUUUACCUGGGCUACGUGGCCUACGGGCAGCGGCGUAGACUUCAGCCCAGCGAACUGAUGUUCUUCAACCUGAGCACCCUGUACACUCUUACCUGCACCUCCUACGAAUCGGUGGUUAUCCAAAUGCUGGCCAUGGAGCUGCAGCUGGGACUGAGGAUGAAGCUGGAGAGAAACGAGACAAUCGGACCGAAGACUGCAUCCCAUUAUAUACUGGUCUACAGCUGGUACUCGCUGUUCGUCAUUGGAAGUGUUCCAGCCCUUGGCAACUACUUUGAUAUCCUGCAUGAAACCACUUUUGGGCACUUCACUCUGUCCUAUUUCCUGAUUAUGACGCUGAAGCUCUUGGUGCCCUGGCUGCUGAUGCUCUGCAUCCUGGCGGGCACCUACAAGGAUGUGUGGUCGCACGAGAGGAAAAUCUUUUUGCGUCUUCUCCUGCUGAACAGCGCCAUGUCGCUGGUACUGCUGCACCAAGUUCGCAACGAUGGUCCUUGGCGGAAUAUCCUUUCCAGAUUCGCCAAGUUCGCCAUGGUGCAGGUGUUCCCGGUCGUCUGGCUGCUGCUGUGGCGACUGGCGAAUCACAAGCUGGGCUCCAAGUGGAUUUCCCAGCUGCCAGAAAGAGUGGCCUAAGUAGAUAUUUAAAAACGGUUUUUAUAAGCGAGCUCUGAUAUUUUAAAAUACAAAAUUUAACGAAUAAAAUGAAACUUAACGAAA